ACCGUGCUCUCUGGCUUCCUUAUCCUAACACCUUCCUCUUCGAUAUCCUCAACUUCGACCUCUGCUUCGAUUUCUACUUCGACCUCGAUUCCCAUCCGCGACUUUAUCCGGCGCACGCAAUCUCUUCCUUCGAAUCAAAGGUGCCAGGAAGUGCUCGACGAGAAUCACGAACAACAUCUAAAAAUGGAGACCUGGCUCAGUGAAGUUCAGCGAGUACGCAUCCCGCGGCCGAAAUUCGGAAGCGGAAAUUCCGUUAGACGGUCUAAUUCUACGGUACAGCACGUUAGGUCUGAGGUUCACGCAAGGCAGGUACAAGACGUGACUAAGGCGACUGAGGAGCUUCGCCAGGCGAUCCAGGACAAGCUCUGAUUGAGAAGGAAGAGCGCUGGCUGGGUCGUCUUAUCUUUCAUCUUACUCUGCGUACCUUCGCACCUCCCGACAGCCGAAGAUACUCCGUAGGUGUGUGACAAAGUCGUCGGGAUUAUCUUCAGAGGCAGCGAGAAAUACCGCGCCUGGAUCCUUGAUCGCGAUGGCCCAUAACUCUCCAAGUGGAGCACACAUCGAGCGGAAAACAAAGAAAAAGACCCAGUGUCGUGAUCAAGAUCCAUUAGUCCCACUCGAAGUGUCCACGCGUCGUCUAUUUUCUCUUCAUUCAUUGUUCUCUCACUUUAUCAAGAUACCAUACAAUUCAGGACGAAUCCAGAAAACAUAUUACUUUCAUUAAAUAUUUAAACAAUUCAAAAAUUAGACUACGGUGAAAUAGAGGAUUCAAAGGACUUAGUGAAACCUUUCGCACAUAUUGUUCAGGGUGCCUUCCUGAUCGCGAAGCCGGUAGAAUCGGGAAAUCACCUAGAAUUUUUUCACCGUGCAAAAAACCGUGAAUUUUAUUCUGUGAUCAGGAUUUUUGUUCAACUGUACUUAUAAGAAAAUUAAGAGUGAUUCAUAUAUUUUAUUACUAUAAUUCUGAGUUGGAACAGGAAAUUUCGUUAAGGAUGGUAAUUUUUACUUCAGGAAAGGGAGUUUCCGUAAAGAAUUAUAAUCUUGAUUGUGGGCCAGUCAAUUUCCGCAAAGAAUUAGAAUUUUGGAUUUAGGACAGGGAAUUUUCUAAAAGAAUUACAAUUCUGCGAUUGGACGGCGAGUAAAUAAAUUAAAUAUAAAAGGAAAUUCCCGGAAAGAAUGAUAAUUUUAACUUGAAGCAGGUAAUUUUUUGCAUUAUCGGAUGAUCCAACUCAGAAUCAUAUAAUUAAUUCUUUUCCAACAUUCCCGGUUCCAAGGUAGAAAUCUUUGAAAACUUUUAAAUUGUUUAGAAAUCUCUUGAAAUCCUUCAAGAUCAUUUGAAACCAGUUAAAUCUUUUCAACUCUUAAUUUACCCGGAAUAAAUGAGAAAUUGUCAGGGAAUUUUAAAUCAUCCAUCGGUUAGACACCCUGGUCAUCAAUAUAUAUUUAAAAAAUGUAAUUACGGAUUCGUUCAUCCCCAUUUAACUUGUAUAUAUUCAUUUUAGUAGCGUAAUAUCUAGAGUAAGAAAACCUUCACUUAUUUAUAUAAGCAUCACAAUGUCAGAAUCAAAGUAGAAAAUGCAUUAAGAGAAGCUUUAUUUAAUAGCAAAAAUUCAGAUUGAUUUUUAAAUAUUCAAUCUGCUUUAAACUUUUUAAUCUAAAUGAUUAAUUUUUUCUUGCAUUUUAUUAUAAUCCUUUAAGCUCUUCCCAUUUUCCCAGAGUGAGUCCACUCAGGCGUUAAUGCGUAUAUCAUGAAAAUUAUGUGAUAAAGCGAAUCUGCGUUUAGUGAUGCUGAAAGUACAUAGUCUUCGAAAUA